AUGACAAAAGCGAUCCUCGUCGCACUAGCCACCGGCAAACAAGGCAGCAGCACGAUAGACAAUCUCCUGCAGCAAGCCCCCGACGCCGACAUCGAGAUCCUAGCCGUAACCCGCUCCACCACCUCGCCCAGCGCGCAGAAACUCGCCAACAAAUCUCCCAAGAUCAAGCUCGUCCAGGGUAAUCUGGAUCAGCCAGACCAAAUCUUCGAGAAUGCAAAUAAGGUCACGUCGGCUCCGAUUUGGGGUGUCUAUGCUGUGCUGCUCGCUUCCUUCACCGGCCACUCCGACAUCGAAGAGAAACAAGGCCAUGGCCUAAUCGACGCAGCGUUAAAGAAUAACGUUAAGCACUUCGUCUACUCCUCCGUCGACCGCGGCGGCGAGGCCUCAAUCAACAACCCCACCACCGUCCCGCACUUCAUAUCAAAGCACAAGAACGAGCACCAUUUGAUCAACGCCUCCAAGGGCACAGACAUGACAUGGACGAUCCUCCGCCCUGCAGCCUUCCUCGACGGCGGGCUGGUCACCGGCUUUGCCGGAAAGGCAUGGGCGACGGUGUGGAAGGUUGCCAUGAGAGACGUGCCGCUGCAGGUCAUCGCCGUCUCGGACAUAGGCUUUUUCGCGGCGCAGGCUUUCCUCAAGCUGGAGGAGUACAGGGGGAAAGCUGUUUCACUGGCGGGUGAUCAGCUCUCGUUUGCUGAGAUGGCGGGCGUCUUCAAGAGCGUUACGGGGCGGGAUGUGCCUACAACAUUCGAGUUCAUUGCGCAUUUUGCCAUGUGGAUGGUGAAGGAUAUGGGGACGAUGUUUGCGUGGUUCCGGGAGGAGGGGUCCAAGGCUGAUAUUCAGGCUCUGAAGAAGGUUCAUCCCGGUCUGAAGGAUUUUAGGGCUUGGUUGGGGGGUGAGAGUGAGUGGAGGAAGGAGGUGUGA